AUGGCGCUGCAUAGCGGAAGAGAGAAACGUAUGACAGCGAAGAAGAUGAGACUUCUUCAGGAGGCUUUGCGAUCCCUGAAGAAAUUUGACCAUCAAGAUACCAAUCCGUCUCCAAGUUCCGCUUCCUCAACUGCAGAGAUAAUAUACACCCCCGAAGAAAGUUUGUCGGGUGAUAUGGAAGUGCGUGAUGCCAGCCCAAGAAUGUUGGCACCGAUACCAACGCGAAGGGGAAAGGGUGAGUGGUGA